AUAAUAUUUGACAAUGAUGUUUGUCCAUGAUUGGCAACCAAACGUACCGGCCCCGACGCCGGACUGCCAUUCGUGAAUCCGCCUGAGCUGAGAGUAUCGAAUUUGAAAGGACUCGAAAGUCAAAAUCAUGGACGUCAGUCCUCCGUCGUUCCAUCCUGAUUCCUGAUCCAAGCCGAGUGAUAUCCUGCUUCUGCUGUCCAGAGGCAAGGGUGGAAGAACAUAUAACAAUGGCGGAGGGCACUGAGGAGGCUCAAUCCAUUAACGGAGAAGCAGGAAAACCCACCCUCAGUCUCAAUGUCGGUUCCAUCUGCGGCUUCGAAUCUCUUCAUCGCCUCCUCAGUUCGUCCCUGGAACCUCAAGUCUUCGAGGAAGUCAGCCGCUUGCUUCUUGGGCUGAACUGUGGAAGAACAGUUGAAUCCAUUGCUCUGCCAGCAUCUGCCAAAGCUCUCUCUUCAAAACAUGAUUUUGACCUCCAGGCUUUCCAUUUUCGUGCUGACAAAGAGGUACUGAGGGAACCUCGAAUAGUUAGGGUUGGUCUAAUUCAGAACUCUAUUGCUGUUCCCACAACUGCACCUUUUCUGGAUCAAAAAAGGGCCAUCUUUGAGAAACUGACGCCCAUCAUUGAUGCAGCAGGUGCCUCAGGAGUGAAUAUAUUAUGUUUGCAAGAGGCAUGGAUGAUGCCAUUUGCAUUUUGUACACGGGAGAAGAGGUGGUGUGAAUUUGCAGAGCCUGUUGAUGGAGAAUCAACACAAUUUAUUCAAAACUUGGCACGGAAAUAUAACAUGGUUAUUGUAAGUCCAAUUCUUGAGAGGGAUGUAAAUCAUGGUGAAACUAUCUGGAACACUGCUGUUAUAAUUGGAAAUCAUGGUAACAUUAUUGGCAAGCAUCGGAAGAACCAUAUACCUAGAAUUGGGGACUUCAACGAAAGCACAUACUACAUGGAAGGAAACACCGGGCAUCCUGUGUUUGAGACAGCAUAUGGGAAAAUAGCUGUUAACAUAUGUUAUGGAAGGCACCAUCCUUUGAACUGGUUAGCCUUUGGCUUGAAUGGUGCAGAGAUUGUUUUCAACCCAUCUGCUACUGUUGGUGAACUCAGCGAACCUAUGUGGCCCAUUGAGGCCCGUAACGCUGCUAUAGCAAACAGUUACUUCGUUGGGUCAAUCAACCGUGUUGGGACUGAGAUCUUCCCAAAUCCAUUUACUUCUGGAGAUGGAAAGCCUCAACAUUGCGAUUUUGGCCAUUUCUAUGGAUCCAGCUAUUUUUCAGCGCCUGAUGCUUCUUGCACGCCAUCCCUCUCCCGUAACAGGGAUGGGUUAAUGAUAUCAGACAUGGAUCUUAAUCUCUGCAAGCAGCUGAAAGACAAGUGGGGGUUCCGAAUGACUGCUCGGUAUGAGCUGUAUGCAGAGAUGCUUGCCCGUUAUGUGAAGCCAGACUUUGAGCCCCAGCUCGUUUCUGAUCCUUCGUUGCUCAAAUAGCCUUCUGAAGUUCCAGGUAUGAAUUAUUGUUUAUAUUCAAAAUACACAGCUGGACAUGAAAUAUAAUGGGAAAUAAGUGUCCUUUGGUGUUUCCGGUUGCAAAUAACUGCAUGUUAACCUUCAGUUUGUGUAUUUAGACUGGGAUCAACACUAGUAAGAUCAUUUGAACGUAGUUUGAAUAAUGAGAUGAAGAUUUUAUCA